AUGAAGCAUCAACAACUUCUUCUGGUUCAUUACCAGCAUAAACUCUCUGUGUUCACCAUUGGAUGCGGCAAAAAGAAGAAAAAGCCAGCAACUGCUGAGAAACCGGCACCCGCUUCAGCCAAGGCGAAGAUAGAGAACCAGGACGUGGCGUAUGUUGCCGAAGGACCCAAGCUACUCGGAAAGUCGAAUGUGAAGCAUGAGCUCUCCAAGAAACACAUCACCGAGGGCGAGAAGGCGCCACCAGAAGGAGCUGAAGAGAAAAACUGCAGCAAGUCUUCAUUUCAAGCUACACUACCCCAAAAGGGACAAGUUGAUUCGGAUCAAGCCCUGAAGUCUAAGCCAACUACUUGCAUUCCGGAUAACGAAAUAGUCAACACCGAGCAGACGCCUUUCGAAAAUGAUAUAAACGCGGCGCAUGUCCACGAAAGACCCAAGGAACUCAAAUCAAAACCCGGUCAUAAAGAGGAUUACAAGAAGAAGAAAAUUGAUGAACACUACGAGAAUCUCGAGAUGUCUCCCAGCCAUGGCGAAACAAUGAUGGAUGCAAUUCUGCAACUACAACUGCUCGGAUUCUUUGUAACGCUGGUGAUGUCUGCUUCGAUACUACUCAUUUGUGGGGGCAAGAAAAAGAAAACGGAACCGGCGCCUGUUCGAGCCAGGAGGAUCAAGUCAACGAUUGGACGAGUCGACCACAAGAAUCCGCCUCCCGGGAAAGUCAAUCAAGAAGUGAAAGCACCGCAAAACGAGAAGCCAGCCGGAGACAAGGAAAAGGAGCCUAGAAGCGGAAAGGCUGAGGGAACGGGAUCUCAGAAGAACGUCGAGGAAAAGGAGAAAACGACAAAUACCCCACUCAACCCAAAGAAAGAUAUCGGAAAAGAUGUGAAAGCGCCGGCAAAGGAAGAAGAGAGACCACGGUCUGCUAAACCGGUUGAGAAGACGAAAGAACAAAGCUCGGGAGGAGGAGACGAGCAUCAACAAUUGGUUUCGAAUCCCUAUUGCACACAGGUAACUGACGAAUUCCCGACUAUUGAAGGAGCCGAAGGCGCGGUCCCAUCGCCAGCAGAAGAAAAGGACAAAGCUGGAACCACGCAGCAAACGCAAAGAUUGGAUAAGAAG